CUUUAACAUUCACUUCAAAUUCAAAUACAGAUCAUGACCACCCACUUAUUAAUCGGGAACGAAGCGAGCAAUACUUGCGCCAAUAGGCCACGACUACCUAGAUCGACUGCGAGACAAAAUGGGUGAAGAUCUAGAAACAAUCAUUGCGCGUUUCGAGCGCGAGUUCUUUCCGCCUAUCAGUCCCGAGCUCAUCCGUGCCAUUUUGAGCGACUAUAAUGACCUCAACGACCCUACGGAAUACGAGAGUGCGCGCGCCGUGCUGGAGUGCAUCCGAAACGAUGCGAUGGCCGACGACGCACAGCAGUUCGAUCCGUCCGGCACGAGUGGCUCGAUUACGAACAACCAGCCGUCGGACCCGUGUACCGAAGACACGACGCUUUCAGCCGAGAUUGACUCUCCAAGCUUGGGGGAGCUAUCAGCGCCGACUAGCUCCACCUCCAAUAGCGGCCGAGACGGUAGCAACUCAUCCGAGACAGGUCUGAAUGCGGGGGUAUUGGGCGAUUGUGAGAUGUCUGACGAGAUGAUGGGAGCGGACGAGGAUACGAAAGUGGGGCGGUUGAGUGAGAUGUUUCACAACCUCAAAGAACGAGACCUGCGGUAUCAGUUGAAGAAAGCGAACGGCAACUUCUCCCGCACCACCGAUGCCCUUUUAAACCUCGUGUAUCUGGUCGGGGAGCAGGAGGGAGAAGAGCAGCCAAAAUUCCGGGGCGUAGACGCGUUUGCUGAAGAGAACGGGAACGUAAGAAGCAAAAAGCCAAAAAAGAAGAAUCGACAGACUAGGUCUGCUCUGGAGGAGAUGCCUCGAUACGAUGCCUUUGAAAGUGGGAUGCCAGAGAAUAGAUGGAAAAUGGGCCAGGAUCAGAUCGCGUACAUUGCCGAGCGGACGCCUUACUCUACGCAAGCAGUGUCGUCCAUCUGGCAUACAUACGACCAGACAGUCCGCUCCACCCUUCACGAGAUGAUCCGCGCCGAUAUUAAGGACAACGGCGAUGACCUUCCGGACGAAGAAGCGACACUUGCUAGCACGUUAUCCCUCAAGGAUGAAUUUCCCCAUCUUGACGACUCGACGUGCGCUGCGCUUGUUCGACUUACGUCCAGCUCACCGAUUUUGUCCGCGGCUCACGAUCUUGCAACGGCGCUACUCAAGCCACCGGGCCCAAUCACUGCCGAUGUCCCUGGUGCAAUCAUUCCGAAAUACGUCCCACUUGAAUUACCUUCCCCCACGAAGAGUCCUUCGACUGCUCAACCCCUCCCUCUCAACUCCCCCUCCCAGAUGAGCCCCACCACUGUCCACCUCUCCACCCUCCAUCGCCAAGUCGUCGACUCCGCCCACCGUUACCAUCAGCUCUCUCGCUCCAACCCCCACUACGGCGGCGUCACCGCGCACUACUCCUCCGAGGCCCGACGACUUCGAGACGACCUCCGCGACGCACAAAGCUCCGCCGCAGAUGCCCAAGCUGCCCUGCAAUCGUCCGCCACACAUCUCGACCUCCAUGGAAUCGAUCGGACGAACGGGGCGCGCAUCGCGGUGAACAGGGUCGAGGCAUGGUGGGAGACGGUCAAGCAUGCGGAGCCGGUGACGGGGCACGACCGAUCAAAGCUGCCCAGGACAGAAUUUACAAUAGUCGUUGGCAAGGGAAAUCACAGUGCAGGUCAAAGGGGGGUGCUGGGACCGGCGGUAGCCAGGGCGUUAAUUGCGGGGGGGUGGAAGAUCAGGGCGGAGGAUGGGACGGUGGUGGUGACCGGUAGGGAGAGAAAUAAGGCACGGGGGGCUUGACUGUGAGAAGUCCACGGACCGGUGCGCAGUUAUGAAGGUCGAUCUGCUCUCAUUUGCUUUGGAUUGUACAUGUAUGUUGGAGUUUGAGGAUUUAGGGUUGAGCGGCAUUUGUCGGAGUUUGAAUCCGUUAUUAGAUAUUCAUACAUUGAGUGGUGUUUGUAGGAGUACCCAGUCAAUAUAGAACGAUUAGAUCCUGUAUUAAUAAAAACGAUUGAAUAAGUUGGCUUAUGAAUAGCG